GCGUCUCCUUCAUUCGCAGGCUGGGCGCGUUCGCAGGAGGACGGCGGCGGGGCAAGGCGCUCUUGGGACCUCGCGGGCGCGCGUCUCCUGGCUCUUGCCCGCGUCCCUGCGGUUCGGGAAGGCGUAACCCGGCGGCUGGGCGCCGGAGGAGCGCGCAGGAGCCAUGGGCGCCGGGAGCUCCACCGAGCAGCAGAGCCCGGAGCAGCCUCAGGCGGGGAGCGCCGCGCCGGCCGAGCCGGAGCCCAGCGGCGGCGGCCCCUCGGCGCAGGCGGCGCCGGACGCGACCGGGGACCCCUCCAUCGCCGCCGCGGACCCCGCCACCAAGCUCCUACAGAAGAAUGGUCAGCUGUCCACCGUCAAUGGCUUAACGGAGCCAGGAGAGCUCAGCCUCCAGGAAGAAGGCCUGAAUGGCCAGGAGGAAGAAGCCGUUGUCCUAGACGUUGGACAGAGAGACACUGAAGAUGUGAGUGAAAGAGGGUCCAGUAAAGAGAUGGCUGCUAACUCGGCGGUGGUUCCUGACAUCACAAGUGACCAGCAGGAGGAGAUGCCUGAAAUAAUUGAGCAGGUUCCUUCUUCAGAAAGCAAUUUAGAAGAGUUAACACAACCCACUGAGUCCCAGGCUAAUGAUGUUGGAUUUAAGAAGGUGUUUAAGUUUGUGGGCCUUAAAUUCACUGUGAAAAAGGAUAAGAGCGAGAAGUCCGACGCUGUCAAACUACUCACUGUCAAGAAAGAGGAAGGUGAGGGAGCGGCAGGGGCAGGCGACCACCCAGAGCCCAGCCGGGAGGCAGGGGAGGCCACCCCCAAAGAAAGUGAACUCCAGCAGUCCAAAGAGAAACCUGAAGAGGCCCUCAAGCACGAGCAAAGCCACGCAGAAACUCCUCUUCAAGCUGAAUCUGCUCAGGCAGCAGAGCAGGGCAAAGAUGAGGGAGAAGACAAACAGGAAAAAGAGCCCAGCAAAUCCCCAGAAUCCCCGACCAGUCCGGUGACCAGCGAAACAGCAUCGCCCUUCAAGAAAUUCUUCACUCAAGGUUGGGCCGGCUGGCGGAAGAAGACCAGUUUCAGGAAGCCAAAGGAGGAGGAGUUGGAAGCUCCAGAGAAGAAAAAGGAACCAGAGCCAGAAAAAGCAGACACAGAGGACAAGGAAAAGACAGCAGAAGACAGCUCUGAGAAGCCCACCCCCACCGAGUGUGACCAGCCGCCGCCACAGGAGCCCACGGAGAGUGCCCAGGAGGCCAGGUUAUCGGCCGAGUAUGAGAAAGUAGAGCUGCCCCCGGAAGACCAAGUCCUGCCGGCAUCUCCUGAAGAGAAACUCGCUCCAUUGGCGACAGAAGUCUUUGAUGACAAAGUAGAAGUCCAUCAAGAGGUUGUCGCAGACGUCCACGUCAGCACUGCGGAGGAAGCAGAGGAGCAGAAAGCUGAGGUAGAAGAAACGGUAGAAUCUUUGCCGCCUGAGAAAUCAGUCGAAACAGAUGUCGAACCUCAGGAAGCGGAACCUGCCGAGGACCUGGGAAAGACCAAAGAAGCCUGUGCCCCUGGAGAGGACCACACCCAGGUACCUGAACCAAGUCCAGAUGACAAAGCGUUGCCCAAACACCCUGAAGGCAUCGUGAGUGAGGUGGAAAUGCUGUCCUCCCAGGAGAGAAUAAAGGUGCAGGGAAGUCCGCUGAAGAAACUUUUUACCAGCACUGGCUUAAAAAAGCUUUCUGGAAAGAAACAGAAGGGGAAAAGAGGAGGAGGAGGAGAUGAAGAGUCGGGGGAACACAGUCAACUUCCAAUAGAUUCUCCAGAUAGCAAUGACGAGCAGAAGGGCGAGAGCUCUGCUUCCUCCCCCGAGGAACCCGAGGAGAUCACGUGCCUGGAGAAAGGGCUCUCUGAAGUGCACCAGGAUGGGGAAGUCGAAGAAGGAACCACUUCUGAUGGUGAAAAAAAGAGGGAGGGUGUUACUCCCUGGGCGUCUUUCAAAAAGAUGGUGACGCCCAAGAAACGUGUCAGAAGGCCUUCUGAAAGUGACAAGGAAGAUGAACUGGACAAGGUGAAGAGUGCCACCUUGUCUUCCACGGAGAGUGCAGCCUCUGAAAUGCAAGAAGAAGUAAAAGGAAGCGUGGAAGAGCCAAAGCCAGAAGAACCAAAGCGCAAGGUGGAUACGUCAGUAUCUUGGGAAGCUUUGAUUUGUGUGGGGUCAUCCAAGAAAAGGGCGAGGAAAGCAUCGUCUUCUGACGAGGAAGGAGCACCAAAGAUGGUGGGAGGAGACAGCCAGAAAGCAGACGAGGCCGGAAAAGACAAUGAAACAGGAGCAGACGCUGGGCUUGCUAGUUCCCAAGAACAGGAUCCGGGGCGCGGAAGUUCCUCCCCUGAGCAAGCCGGCAGCGCUUCCGAAGGGGAGGGCGUUUCCACCUGGGAGUCAUUCAAAAGAUUAGUCACCGCAAGAAAAAAAUCAAAGUCGAAACUGGAAGAGAAGAACGAAGACUCUGCCAUUGGGACUGGUGUAGAACAGUCAGCUUCCUCAGACGCUGAAGCUGGGAAAGAAGAAUCUUGGGUUUCCAUUAAAAAGUUCAUUCCUGGACGAAAGAAGAAAAGGCCAGACGGGAAACAAGAACAAGCAGCCAUUGAAGACGCGGGGCAAGCGGAAGUCAACGAAGAUGAUGCCGACGUCCCAGCCGUAGUCCCCCUGUCUGAGUACGAUGCUGUAGAAAGGGAGAAAAUGGAAGCACAGCAAGCCCAGAAAAGUGCGGAGAAGCCUGAGCAGAUGGCAGGUGUUUGUGUGUCUGAGGAGCUCAGCAAGACUCUGGUCCACACAGUGGCCGUGGCUGUGGUUGACGGGACAAGGGCAGUUACCAGUGUUGAAGAGAGGUCUCCUUCUUGGAUAUCUGCUUCAGUGACAGAGCCUCUUGAACAAGCAGAAGAAGACGAAGCCACAUCAUUAGCUAGGGAGGUAUCUGAGAGAGAAGUGAUUGCAGAGGAAACCCCUACAGUCACCAAAGCCGUGCCAGAGGACAGAGAUGCCCGUGAUGACACGACCGGCAGUGAGAUGCAGUUAACUGCUGAAGAUGUGACAGCUGCAGAAACGGCAGAGGCAUUUUGUGCUGAAGAAGCAACCGAAGCGUCUGGUGCUGAAGAGACCACAGAAAUGGUGUCAGCAGUUUCCCAGUUAACUGACUCCCCAGACACCACAGAGGAAGCGACGCCGGUGCAGGAGGUGGAAGGUGGCGUGCUAGACGUAGAAGAGCAAGAGAGGCGGACUCAAGAGGUCCUGCAGGCGGUUGCAGAAAAAGUGAAAGAGGAAUCCCAGCUUCAUGGCACCAGUGGGCCAGAAGACACAAUUCAGACCAUGCAGAAGGCAGAGUCAGAGCCACCAGAGGAGCUGGAAGAAGCAGAAGAGGGUCCGAAGAGAGAGGCGGAUGUCGUGUUGCAAGUACAUGUACAGCAGACUGAAACUGAACAUUUUACACAGGGAAAAGUAAUGGUACAAGCCACCGUGGAAAGCUCUGAAGAAGCUCCUCAAGUCGCAGAUGGUGUAGGGUCCAGCGAGCUUAUAACCACUUGUCAAGCUGAAACCUUAGCUGGGGUAACUUCACAGGAGAUCACGGUGGAACAGGCCGUGCCCCCUGACUCAGUUGAAACCCCGUCAGACAGUGAGACCGAUGGAAGCACCCCCGUAGCAGACGCUGAAGCUCUGGAUACAGCACAGCAAGAUAAGAUUCUGGAAGUCCAUGUAGAUAAUGAGGUCACAUCUGGAACCCAGUCACCGGUCACAGAGGCAGAGGCAGAGGCAGAGCCACCAGAGAAGCUGGAAGAAGCAGAAGAGGGUCCGAGGAAAGAGAUGGAUGUCGUGUUGCAAGUACAUGUACAGCAGACUGAAACUGAACAUUUUACACAGGAGAAGGUAAUAGUACGAGCCACCGUGGAAAGCUCUGAAGAAGCUCCUCAAGUCGCAGAUGGUGUAGAGUCCAGUGAGCUUAUAACCACUUGUCAAGCUGAAACCUUAGCUGGGGUAACUUCACAGGAGAUCACGGUAGAACAGGCCAUCCCCCCUGACUCAGUUGAAACCCCGUCAGACAGUGAGACCAAUGGAAGCACCCCCGUAGCAGACGUUGAAGCUCUAGAUACAGCACAGCAAGACAAGAUUCUGGAAGUCCAUGCAGAUAGUGAGGUUGAAUCUGGUACCCAGUCACCGGUCACAGAGGCAGAGUCAGUUCCAGAGAAGCUUCCAGCACCUUCUAGUUUUCAAUCCCAGGAAGAAAAUAAAGAGCAGUCAGAAGUGGAAGAUGUCCUAGAACAUCCAGAUAAAGCAGCCUCAGUGGAAACCGUACCCAUUCUGUUGAAGACUGAGGUGAUUGAAGAGGCCGGCCAGUGUGCCGAUGAAGAAACCAAAGACAUACCAUUUGUUGAAGGACUUGAAGUGUCUGUAGACACAGAUGCACCAGUCAGUUACGAAACGAUCACUGAAGUUGCCCCUAAAAGUGAAGUGACUACAGAAGCUGACUGUCAAAAGAAUGGUACAAUUGAACUCCAGAGUCCUACUAAGUCUCCUCCAUCCCCAGUGGAGAGUGAGAUGGUAGUUUCAGUAGAAAGGGAAGAAAUCAAAGCAGAGCCAGCCCAAGUGAGUGAAGAGAAACUUGAGCAAAAAACAGUUACUGUAACUGAUGAGCUCAGCGUGCGACUGGUUCAGACAGUUAACGUGACCGUCAUAGACAGGGAGAAGGAAGUUAGCAGUUUGGAAGGCAGCCCUCCUCCUUGCCCAGGUCAGGAGGAGGCAAUAUGCACAGAAGUUCAAGUUCAGAGCUCCGAGGCAUCAUUAUUAGCUCUAACAGCUGCAAUAGUGGAGGAGAAGGUCUUAGGAGAAGCUGUCAAAAUUUUAGAGACAGGUGAAACUUUGGAGUCUGCAGGUGCACAUUUAGUACUGGAAGAGGAACCCUCUGAAAAAGAUGAAGAUGUUACAGCUCAGCCUGGAGAAGUGGUUGAGCCCACGGGGCCUGAGUCUCAGGCAGAAGCAACACCAGUAACAGCAUCUGCCACUCAUGAAGAAGGCUUCUGCUCUGCCCUGGAAGGAGAGAAAACCCCGUCGCAGAAAUGGAAUUCAGAUGAAGUCAGUGAGCAUGUUGUUCAUCAGGAAGUCAAAGUGAGUGUAGCAAGAGAGGAAGAUGUAAAGGCCGACAGUGAGAUUUUGGAAUUUGUGACUGAGAGCAGUAAACUCGUCCAGAGCAUAAUUCAGACCGCUGUUGACCAGUUCGUGCGCACAGAAGAAACAACCACUGAAGUGUUUACAUCCAAUUUACAGUCACAGGCCCACGUGGUGGAAGCUGACAGUCAGGCGGCUGGACAGGAAACGGAAAUAGAAGACAGUGAAGGUCAGGUCUCCGAACAGGAUGAAAUACCAACGGUUGCAGCCAAAGAGGAGUCAGAGCUAACCACCGUGGGACAGGUACCUUUGGAUAUAUCCAAAGAUGUGAGUGAUGCUUCAGAAAAGACCACUGAGGUAGAAAGUUCCAAUGUAAAUGACCAACAGCUUGAAGAGCUUAUUCUCCCACCUGAGGAAGAGAGAGAUGGAACUGGAACACAGUCUGUGCCAGCAGGUGAUGGCGAUGCUGUCUUAGGAGAAAGAAUAGAGAAGUCACAGUUUGAAUCCAAAGAAGACGAAGAAGGUGAUGCUGUCGAUCACCCUAAGAGCCAGGACUCGGUCCUGGCCGACACUCAUGCCUCAGGAGACUUAACCAAAGAGUCCCCAGAUACAAAUGGACCAAAACGAAAAGAGAAGGAAGGUGCCCAGGAAGUAGAAGUUCAGGAAGGAAAAGUGCACAGUGAGUCAGAUGAAGAGGUCAGAACCCAAACACAGGAGGAGAUACGGAAAGAAGAGAGGGAACCAGCAGACUCAGAGCUUAUGGAAUCCUAAAACAUCAUUUAAACUCAUUGUCUGUUUGCAAGACCAGAAUGUGAAGACAAGUAGUGGAAGAAAACGAAUGCUGCUGCUAAGACCGCAAGACCAGUAUUUCAGAACUUUGAGCACCGGAGGGCAGGCACCUGAACUGAGCUUGUUUCUAGAGAGCCCCUGACAAUCCUGAGGCUUCUUCAGGAGCUAUCGCCGUAUAACAUUGCCUCUUUUCAAGACCACCCUACUAUUCUAUUCUCCCUCAAUACCAUAUAAUGUUUCUGAUUUAAGGUUCUAAAUUCCUAACCUGGAACUGGAGACGGCAAUACUUAGUUCUGCUUCUGAAACUGGAGUAUCAUUCUUCAUGUAUUUAUAUGUAUGUUUUACGUAAUCCUCCUUGUGUAUCUAUUGUAUAUUUUUUUUCUUAAUGUUUAAGGAAAUGUGCAGGAUAGUAUAUGUCUUUUGUAUCCCACAAUAUAUGACGGGGCACGCGGCCAUGGUGAAGCCUUGGGGAGCUUUUAAAGCCUCAGUUAUAACCUGUGAAGCGCAGAGCUUCCUAGAAAUGACAUUCCUGACCAGAAGGUACAGUUCGUAUUGUAAAACUCAAUAAUGAUUAGGUCCGUGUUUAGAAGCACUCUGAAAUUGGUCUCCUUUCCUAUUAGGCACAGUGUGCUAACAAUAAAAAGCAUUUUUGAACGUACAAAAUUGUUCCAUUGUUACUGUGAAAUUUUUCUUUCUAGCCCAGUGAAGGUUGGAAAGAAGUUGUUUCCAGUAGCAGACAGAUUAAGUCUUUUCUCCUACUUGUUGGAUGGUUGUUUAGACAGAUGCGUGUGCUUAAUCCUGAGGCAAAGUAGUGAAAUGUUUUUUAUGUUACAAAGAAAAUAAUUGACUGUUGUAAGUUUUUACUUCUACUCUUCUAUGCUGGACCACAUUCACACGCAGCAUGCCAUAAGUCAGGUUCUUAACAAAUGGUAUUUUGAUAGAUACUGGAUUGUGACUGUGCCAUAUUUGUGCCCUUUCUUCUAAGAACAGUGUUGCAUAUUAUGUUCAUUUGGAUAAAGUGUGAUUUGACGAUGGAUUUAAAUAAAAUAUUUGCUUCACUUAGAUUUGCUGGUUUUCUUAGAUACUAAGAAUCCUGAUACCUAUGUUUAAUUACUGCAUUAGAAUAAUAAGAUAAUGAUUGAUAGCCUGGAACUUCCAAUGUAGUCACUACAUGGAAACAUCUCUUUAUGCUGGUUUGAGUUGGACCUGCAGAGGGAGUCAAGACUGAGAUGCUUUUGCUGAAAUAAACCAGUAGCUUUUAGGUUGACAUUACUGGUUCGAUUUUACUAUCUGGUAAUUCCUGAAAAAGUCAGUUUUCUGUGUUAGUACUUUUGGUUUCAAACAGUGACAAAUGUCUCUAGAGAGAAAUUUUAAGGUAGCUUACUAGUAAAAAUGUCUUUGCCUAAAAUAAAAGGUGACCUUGGAAAAUUGUUUAAAUGUUGGAAUGGUGAGUCAUCCUAAUACAUAAGGAAUUUGUCAGGUAAUUGCCACCCAUAGAACACUCUGUCACUUGUCUACUGUAGAGUUCUAAUUUUUUCACAUAUAGAAUUGGUCUGGCAUGUAGCUGCUUAAAUUUUAUUCAAACUUACUACUCCUAUUUGAGAAUUUAAAUAUCAACUGCCAAUAAAUGAUUUUUAAAGCGUAACAUUCUAGAAAGCCUACUUUUAGCAGAGAGAAAAUUUGCUGUUAAAAAUUUAAAGUGGUUUCUCUUAUGCUAACAAACCUCACUACAUAAAUAAUUGGCCAUGUUAGUAAGACACCUCAUGAUAACAGUGUAUAUAGGCUUGUAGUUGGAAAACAUUUAAUAUCCUUUUAGGGGUUACUUUCAAAUAUAUAUAAUAGCCACCUGUGCUUUAUUAUUAAAUGUGGAAAUUCCCCCAAAUCUGACAAACUUCUACUGUAAAUCUUUUUUUUUUCUUUUGGCCACCUGAAACUUAAAUCCAAAUGCUGCAUUUAAGUUGGAGAUCAGCUAAAAGGUAUUGAGAUGACAGCGAUUUGCAAGGUGUUCAUACUGACUGACUUCCUAUGGUCGGAAGAGACUUUGUGCUGUUUUGAACAGACUGAAGAUUUGUGUGGUUUGUAGAAAAUGGAUUUUUGUUGCUGUUGUUUCAAUUCCAUCCUGCUACUUCAUUCUGCGUGUUUGUCUUUUCUUAACCACCUGUGACCAGGUGAUUCUGGCCACCACGAGGUUGGUUUCCAGUGGUAGCUGUUUCAUGAGGGUGCUUGGUGUACUAACCUCUGGAUUUGCCGGGAUUACUUCUGUGCAAGCUCUGUAUCUAUGUUCGCUGAGCAACCUUGUUUUAUUAACAACAGGAACACCGGCAGUAGCAUGAAAUGCAAUUGUUUUUAUAAUUCUAAAGCUGCUGUUAACUUACGAAGUACAUAAUUACCAAAUGUAAACUGCAAAAGUUGGAGCAAGUGCCUAAAUUUUGCUAUUUUUGGCAUUACUGUGGAGCCAUGUACAAUAGAAAGCAAUGCAAGACUUCUAAACUCGUGCCACUUCUUGUAAUUGGGGAAUAUAAAAUGUUCCCCCUCAGGUUAUUUUGCUUAUGGUACCCAUGAGUUGCCUGUCUCUGUACAUAGAUACGUUCGUUGUUCCAGUAUUUUCCUCCGAUGUCUGGAACUGCAGAUAGUCAAGGGCUGGAAAUUUUAGCUUGGAGUUUAGCACUUACCUCUGAUCCAAAACAAUAUUUGGAUUCGCUAGUUCUGUUUGGGGGCAAAUUUUCACUUAUCUAAAUAAAAUGCAAUGUAAUUAA